UUUUCCGAAAGCUACGUUUCCAUCAGAAAUCAAUCUUUGCAAAUACUUAACUUAAAUUUAAGAAUACAUGUUUUUUUAAUCCUUAAAAGACUGUCAAUUUGAUCUACCUUUCUGCUACCAUCAGCACAAGGUGAGGCCACUUUUCGCCCGGUCUCGCCCCACUGUCGCUAGCUGGGCGAACAGCUGUUUCGUUGGUUUCUCGCUCCGAUUUCGUGGCUUUACUUUAGCAACUUGUAAAUACAUUUCACCAUCAAUUUCUGGCUGUUUAAGUGAUUGUUUAAAUGUAAAAAAUAAGAGUUUUCAGCUCGAAUUUAAACGCAAGAUUUAGUCGAGUGAAAAAGUGAAGAGUAGCAGCAGUGGCAGCAGCAGCAACGGCAACAGUGGGAGUGUGAGGUGAAGUGAGGGGCGAUAUGUGUGCUUCGCUGGCCCCCUGGAAGCCACAGCGUAAUCCGAAUUCCCAGCCCUAGCCGCUCGCCUUGUGAGAAACUCCAAAACAAAUCCAAAUCCUUAUCCAAAUCCCUGCCGGCAUUAUGAGCCUGUGGCAGAAUCUGCGCUCUUUGGAGACCCGGAAUCUUGACCUGGCCCUGGGCCAGCGGGAGAACCAACUGGUGGCUGGCCACCUGCCUGCUGCCAUUUUCCGGCACCGUCUCAGUGCCGCUGAGAAUCUGUAUCAGCGCAACCUAACCGGUCACUAUGGCUGCGUGAAUGCCUUGGAGUUCAGCCAAGGAGGACAGUUACUGGCCUCCGGUGGCGAUGACAAGCGCGUUUUGUUGUGGAACAUCGACCGGGAGGUAGCCUCCCAAUUGGGGAAACCUCGCUCCAUGAACGUGAAGCAUGCCAGCAAUAUAUUCUGUCUGGGAUUUGAUAUCCAGAACUCUUAUAUACUGUCUGGGGGGAACGAUGACUUGGUCAUCCAACAUGAUCUGGUCACUGGCACACUCCUAAGGCACUUCUCCCACGACGGGCCCGUUUACGGACUGAGUGUGGACAGGACCAGUGGUCAUUUGUUCAGCGUGGCCACAGAGCACGGCGAGAUCCUAGUCUACGACCUAAGGGCAGGCAAAUCCGAGCCAUUGGCCAUUGCCAAAUUCAAGACACCCUUCAAUGCCGUGGAGUUUCAUCCAUUAAAUGGCAACUUUCUGGCCACGGCCAAUGCCAAGCGAGGCGCCAUGCUCUGGGACCUGAGGCAUCAUCAGCAGGCCUUGUGCCAAUACAACUACAUCCCGGAGUCUCCCAGCUGCAUGAGUGUUCGCUUCAAUUGCAAUGGCACCUUGCUCCUGACCCUACAUCGGCGUCUGCCGCCGAUACUUUUUAGUCCGGGAUCACCAGAGCCGGUGGCCACCUUCUAUCAUGACGAAUACUUUAACUCCUGCACCAUGAAGAGCUGCACGUUUGCGGGGCCACAGGAUGAGCUGGUGGUCUCCGGUUCGGAUAAUUUUAACAUGUUUAUCUGGCGAAUGGAUGGAGUGGAUUUGGAGGAGAAGAACCAGUGGGUGGACACUCCACCGGUUAUCCUUACCGGCCACCGAUCCAUAGUCAAUCAGGUGCGCUAUAAUCGCCAGCGCUGCCUUCUGGCCUCCUCGGGCGUGGAAAAGAUCAUUAAACUGUGGAGCCCAUUUGCCCAACAAGGCUGGGAGGGUUCCCUCACCCAGGCCGAAGAGCUGCCCUAUUGCACUCGCACUCUCCACCGCAAUUCCUCGGAUUAUGUCUCUCAAGACUUUAGUGCCCGCAACACUGACGAGGAUCAGGUGAUGCUGGCCUUCUUCGACACUCUGGUGCAGCGUGAACUGGAGUCCUGGAGCACUGUGGACAAUCAGAGCAGCAGCAGCAGCAGCAGUUCGGAAACCUCAACAGAGCGCAGUGAGCUUAGCUCGGGAGCGGAGGAGCCCAGCGAUGAGGAACGCGAGGAUCCGGAUCAUCACAAUCACGAUCAGCCAACGACCAAUGAACAGGAGCAGGAUAAUGAGCAGGACAACGACACGCCCAAUGUCAGUGAACUUAGCUGGCAGACUCAUCCCAAUCGCAUCUUCUAUUUGAUAGCCAAGAAGCGGAGGGCUUUGCUCCAACUGGCGGUCAGGGGCACCACCGGGAUGCCGCGCAGCGUGGACCAACUGCUUCAGCGGCUGCUUGGCGAGCAGAAACAGGCGGCCACACAGGCGCGCAUCAGCGACUGGCUGGAGGAGACGCAGCGCCUCUUUGGAGAUGAUGAGCUGCCCACCACCUCGGCGGAGGCGGCAGCAAGGGAGCAGCAUCGUCAAACUGGCAGGAGUCCACGCAGGACGCAGGAACUGAAAGCAGUUGACCCCCUGCAGUCCACCCUCGGGCCAAGUGAACGCAAGCGGAAGAAGUCGCAUCAGCGGGUUUCAGUCCUCAAACACAGACGUACUAAUCGUCGGCAACUUUCUGGAUCCCAUCCAGACAACGAUAGUGUCGCCUCCAAUGACACCGAAUACCUGGACGAGGAGGAGCAGCCUUCCACAGGGGAUAACAAUAACAGCAACCAUUAUGGCCAGGCCGACGAGGAUACCGCCAGUACCAGCAGCAGCAGCAGCAGCGGUGGCAGCUCCUGCAGCAGCAACACCACCACAUCGAUGACCUCCAUGGAGGCGCAAUUGUCUCAGGCUCCCAGCACAUCCAGCUCGUUUCCCUUCCUAGCGGAACCGGAGGCCAACAACAAUAGCCAGCUGACUUCCAACCACAAUCAUCCUCCCAAGAGCGUCGUCAAUGGCCUGAUUCCGGACAUGUGCAAUACGGAAUCGACCGCUUCGACAACAUCUUCGUCCAUGUAGACUGGACCCCAUACACAUACAUACUAUAUAUAUUACAUUUAAGCUAAGAUAUAACCCAGCUUCAUAGGCUGAACUUUCAUUUUGAUAAGCAACACAACCCAUCCUUCUUUUGGAUCUCUUUUGAAACCACACACAUUAAACAUAAAGGCAUAGCUUUCAUGGAAA